AUGAUCAAGGAGAAGAUGAUGAUGGUGGCGAUAUUUCCUUCGAUGGCCUUGCCAUUGUUUGCUCUACUACUCGGCAGCUCCUUCGCUUCGUCGGGACAACUUCCACAAGCCAUCCUCAGCGCGAGCGACGAGAUUCAACAAACUGUCGCUUCUGAGCCCAAGCAAACUCUUCGAGAUAUGCUACACGCUCUCGAUGUUAUGCAAGAGUGUUACUUUGAACACUGGCUCGGUACAUGGCCGGAUGCUAUCGACUGGACUGCGGCCGUGCUUGGCACGCAAGUGUCCAGUGCUCUAUCAGCAUUGACAAUGACCUCGCCGGAAUGGGUGUCAUGGUCAAAUAAUAGCAGUGCCUCUGUCCUUGACCAGACGCUUGCGUACGAGAACCUCAUCAACCGCUAUUUUGACCAGGUGUCUACAUUUUAUUUCGGCGAGAAUGCCUUCGCUGUUCGAAUGCAGGCCUUUGACGACAUGCUCUGGGUCGUUCUUGGCUGGUUGGAGAGUAUCAAAUUCCAAAACCUGCACUCCGAGCUGCACUAUGAGACUUCGAAUGCGACUAUUGACGGGCCAUGGCAUGGCAAACAGCUCCGAGUGCCUGCUGCGCAUCGAGCUCGUAUAUUUUACGAGCUGGCUUCUUCCGGUUGGGACAGUGAGCUGUGCGGAGGCGGCAUGGUCUGGAGCCCGUAUUUGCUGCCAUACAAGAAUGCCAUCACCAACGAACUGUUUAUCUCGGCGAGUAUUGGGAUGUAUCUCUAUUUCACGGGCGAUCCCAUUGAUGCGCCUUUUCUGUCUGAACAAUCCACUGCCCACGACCCCAGUUAUCUAGCAGCGGCAGUGCGCGCUUAUCAAUGGCUGAAGGACUCUAAUAUGACUGGGCCCGGCGGCCUGUAUGCAGAUGGGUUCCAUAUUCAGGGUUACAACGGCAUUGGAGACCCCGGAACGAAGAAAUGCGACGUGCUCAAUACGAUGGUUUACACUUAUAACCAGGGCGUCGUUCUCAGCGGGCUGAGAGGUCUGUGGCUCGCCACGGGCUACCAGAGUUAUCUCCAAGACGGACACGAACUGAUUGAGCGCGUGAUGUUCGCAACUGGAUGGCCGCGGACCAUCCACCGCCGUCACUGGGCUGGCCUAGGACGAGGCGGCGUCCUCGAGGAGGCGUGUGAUUUUUACGGCACUUGCUCGCAAAACGGGCAUACUUUCAAGGGCAUAUUUUUCCAUCACUUAACCGAAUUCUGCCACAUUCUGAGACCGGAGGAAAUCAGACUCCUGACUCUGUUUACCGAGCCGGGGGAAUCAAUGGAAGAAAGGCAAGACGUGUUUAAUAAAUGGCAUUUGCUGAAAUGUCGACGCUACCGGGACUGGAUCGCACAUAACGCCCAGGCGGCGCUUGCAACGCGAGACGAGGAAGGGAAAUUCGGUAUGUGGUGGGGACCAGUGUAUCCUAGUAGCGACGUUGAGGUUGCUGUCAGCACCGCUGCCACUGCUGAUAGCGAGGAUUCGUCAUCAUCAUCAUCAUCACCGACACUACCCCCGGAAGCUAUCGAUUAUAUGAAUUACGGCGAGGGAGGCGAGGACUCCGAGCAGCUGAAAGCAUUACUACGAAGAUCAUCAUUAAACGACACAAAUAACGAACAUGAAGAUAUCAUACCCACCAAGAUGGGCCCGCCACUUCUUCGCUCAGAUACCUUUACUACCACAGCCUCCAGAAGGCGGCAUCAAAAGAGCAGACCACCUGUCAAGGAUGUCAAUGAUCGAGGCAGAGGCCGGACGGUUGAGACUCAAUCAGGUGGCCUUGCUGUGUUGCGUGCUUGGUAUCAGUGGCAGACAUCACCAUUUUUACAAUGA